AGAGAGAGAGAGAGAAAGAAGGAAACAUCGAAUUGGCGACACCCGCAUCCGAUACACACGCUGCCGCCGUAGUUGUCGACGGCGCUAUUACUGCUGUUGUGUUGCUUUGGCUAUUAUUAUUAUUCUUAUUUUUUUUUUGCACUUUUCUCUUGUUACAAAAGAACGCACAUCGAUAAUAUUUUUUUUCCUGGCUCAGUCUUCAACGCCUUGAGUAAUAACCGAAGAGGACUCCGCCUUUGCUGUGCAAACAACACCGUUUCAGGCUUUCAUAUAAGCUGCAGAAGACCGACGCCGUUGGGCGAACAUCGUUGAACCCCUUUUCUUUUCUUUUCUCUGUUCUCUGUUCUCUUUUCUCUUUCCUUUUCACGUGCGCGGUGUAGACGUUAUUUUUAGAAAGAAAAAUCAAGCACGUGCGCUUACGUGCGUUUUUGUUUGUUUUGCUUUCAUUUGCGCUUUUUUGGUGUCCUAUACGAAUAGAAGUUGUUGAUUCAAAGGUUCAGAGACGGGCGCUCCUGUCAUUUAUCUUUCUUUCUUUCCCGCGUCACGGCCUCCUCUCGCGCUGACUCAGCGGCCGUGUUGUUGCUACGGAGAAAAGGUUCUGCACCGGCAUCGCCUGCGUCGUUCCGACACCAACGGUGCUCUGCGCUUUGUGUGCAUGACGGAAAAGAAAACGUCUUUUGCUGCGUAUUUUCUUUUUUAAUUUUCAAGCAGCACGUUGCAGCACAAACUUCCACGUCUGCUUCGUUUGCGUAGAUCACACACGCACACCUAGAAAGAGAAGGAGAGAUAACCACUCGUCGGAUUCACAACGGCACGACGUCGUUGCACCGCAGACCCACGCCGUGCCUUCGCGUCUCACCUCUUCUUUUUUCCCUUUCUCAUUUGGUAGCCGCUGUAAUGACUGUUUUACCUUUCCCGGCCAUCAACGAUGUGUCGGAGCUGUACAUGACUGAUGACAUCUACGACUUCUUAGGCGAGGGCACCUUCGCCUCUGUCUUCAAAGGCGUCAGCCUCCUCACACGUGAUGUGGUGCGGGAGAACCAACUGGUGGCUCUGAAGCUCAUCGGUAAGCGCAACUUGACAAGUGACAAGCUCGUGCGCGAUGUGGUGAACGAGGUGCACGUGCUCCGUCAGGCGCACCACCCCAAUUGCGUGCGCUUUAUCGAGUGCGUGCAGACGCCCCACCACGUCGUCAUUGUCACCGAGUACGUCGAGGGCGUGGAGCUCUUCCAGGCGUUGAAGCAGCGGAAGUUUACGGAGGGGAUGGUGAUGGAGGUGAUGCAGCAGCUGCUGAGCGUCCUCGCGUACUUGCACGACACCCUCCACAUUGUGCACCGCGACGUGAAGCCGGAGAACAUCAUGGUGAACACCCAGCAGUCGCCGACCCGCGUGGUGCUGGUUGACUUUGGGCUGACCCGCAGCUGCGAACGCAGGCGCCAGCGCAUCCCACGCGACCUGGCCUCGCGCUUUCAGAUGCAGCACUCGCAGCCACCGCGCGUGCUGCCGGCGCGCAACAUGUCGCUCGACUCCUUUGAGUGCGACAGCCCGAUGCUCGCCACGCCCUGCGGAACGCUCAAGUACGCAGCGCCGGAGACGGUGCAGUCCAUCACCCAAAGCGCCCAGCUAGCGACGACGAAGGAGCUGCUCUCUCGCCUGGACGUGUACGCGGCGGGCGUCAUCAUGUACGUCAUGCUGAGCGGUGCGCUACCCUUCAAGAACUUCGCGAACAAGGCCAAUUUAGUGCUGGAAAUGCGGACGGCGCUCUCCUUUGACGGCCCGCGGUGGGCCGGCAUCAGCGCGGAUGCGAUCGAGAUGAACCGGGCGCUGCUGAGCUUUGAUCCGGCGGCGCGACCGCGAGCGGCGGAGGCGCUGCAGCACCGCUGGUUUAAGUUGGGUGGAAUGGCAUUUUCGCAGGAGGCGCAGACGCAGGUGGCCCCGGUGCCCUGCAGUCCGCUGGACGCGUCGAUCUGCGAGCGAGGAGCGAUGACGCAUGCCUUUGAAGCGAUGCGCGCUCCCGAGUCGGCAAUGUACUUCAAUAGUGGUGGAGUGACGACGAGCGCGAAUAGUAAUAAUAAUGGAGGUGGUGGUAGUAGCAGUAAUGGGGCGUCCGUUGGGGGCAUGACGGGCAGCGGUGGGGGACGGACACCGAAUAGUCGCUGUAUGAAUGUGCCGUUUGGCCAAAACCUGGCGCCGCCGCCCAUGGCAGCGCCGCAGCCAUACAAAUCGAGCUACUUUGACUUCGCCUGA